AUAAUGAAUAACAAUAAACGCAAAAAUCGGCCCAGUGGAGGUGGUGGAGGAGGAGGCGGUUUGACCACUGGUGGUGGAAAUAUCUCAAGAUAUUCAAAUGAUAAUAGACAAACGAUCAAGAUACGACCACAAGCUCAGGGUAUAUAUAAUAAUGCCUUCUUUAUGCAUGCGGCCACAGCUUUGGUCGGUAAUGUUGUACAGAUGCGUCUACGUUCGGGAAAUAUUUACGAAGGUGUUUUCCGAACAUUCUCGCCCAGUUUCGAUGUAGCUCUCGAAUAUCCAUACUGCAUUAAACUAGGUAAAAAUGCACCCGAAGAAUCUAAGCCUGUACCAGAAGUUAUGAUAUUUCCCUACGAUACGGUAGUUAGUAUUUCAGCAAAAGAUUUCGAUUCACAGUAUGCCACCGGAGGUACAUUCCAAACGGAUGCUGCCAUAUCGGAAAAAUGCAAUGGCUCACGUUUUGAUGAAAAAGAACUUGAACCAUGGGAUCCAUCGGGCACAAACGGGGACAUCGACAUUGAACUGGAUGAUGCCGCCAAUGGUUGGGAUGCCAACGACAUGUUUCGCAAAAAUGAAAAUACCUUUGGUGUCACAUCCAAUUUCGACGAUUCCUUGUCCUCAUACACAUUGCCCCUGGAUAAAAUUGAUUCCGAUGAGUUCAAAGAACGUGAGGCCAAAGCAGAAAGAUUGGCAGCCGAAAUCGAAAACAAUCCUGCGUGUCGCGAUCGCUUAGAUUUGGAGAACGGUGAUGAAGAAGCAUUGUUUGCCGCUGUCUCAAGACCUGAAUUGGAGCGUGAUCGUGAACGUGAGCGCGAACGUGAUCGUGAGAGGGAACGGGAAAGGGAACGCGACCGUGACCGUGAAAGGGAGCGGGAGAGAGAACGGGAACGUGAUCGUGAAAUGGAAAGGGAGAGAGAACGCGAAAGGGAUCGUGAGGAUCGUGAACGUGAGCAACGUGAACGCAAGCGCUACGAACCUCCGGUUAUGACUGAACGUUAUAUUACAAAACCAACGCGUUCUAUUAACGGACCACCACCACCUGUUUCCAUGUCAUCCCAAUCGAUGGGUGGUCAAACACCUCGAGGCGGCGGACAUGGCGGUCAUGACCGUGAUGAUCGUAACGACCGUAACGAUCGAAUGGAUCGCAAUGACCGCAACGAUCGCAUGAUGGGCAAUAGCCUUUCGUCAUCCGUUUCGGGGAUGGGUCAAGGGCCGAACUCUACGCAAUCAUCUGUCGGUGGCAUGUCAGGUGGUAUGAAGGGUUCAGCUCCAUCCUCGUCUCAGAUGUCGCAACAAGAUGGUGGCAACAAGUACCAAAGUGGUGGUUCGAUGAUGAAACGCAAAUCGAUUACUCCGCUCAAUCAGAAGAUGGUACGCAACACCCCGCCACCAAAUAGUGGCGGUGGGCCCACUGGAAUGUCGCAAAGCGGCAGCGGUGGUAAUCUUGGCUCCGGCGGUAUGUCACAAAGUGGCAACCAGAGCGGCGGUGGCCAAAAGCAAAUCAUUUACAACACAAUGCCUAUGCAAAACCAACAACAAUCACAGCCAUCAUAUCAACCUUAUACACCACCGGCAAUGCAUGGUGGUGGUCCUUCACAAUAUAGAGGAGGUCCUAAACUGAACGGAGAUUCUGGCGGCAGUGGUGGUAAUAUGGGUGGAGGAGGUGGCGGUUCCAGUAAACCAUUGCCUCAAAGGACAAUGCGUCAAUAUUCCGGAUCGUUGUCGAAUUCAUCGAUGACCUAUUCUAGCAAUGAUAAUCAAAAUCAAAUGAGACAUUCUCAGCAUGGCCCAACACAUGGUGGUCAGGCACAGGGCAUCAGUGGCAGUUCACCUCCGUUGCAAGGCGGUGGACCCGGUUCUCAUGGACCUGGAAUGUCGGGCCCAGCUGUUCAACAGCAGCCACCACCACAACCACAGCGUCAAAUGAGACCACGCGAUAAUCAAUUGCAAGACUUGCGACAAUUCGGACAAGAUUUUCAAUUGGCCAAUACGUCACCAUCUCCAGGUCCACCAACACAGCAGCAGCAACAGCCUGCUUCUGUACAAUCGCAGACACAGCAUAUGAAUCCGAACAAAGGUCAUCAACCACAGCCAUCAGUGUCGCCACCACAACAACAACAGCAGCAGCAACAGCCGCCACAUAUGCAACAGACCCAACAGCCUUCACAUGUUGCCGCUCAUCAAGCACCACCCCCACAAACGCAUGUCACCAUGCAACAGCAUGUGCCGCAGCAACAACAUCACGGUGGACCACCUACAUCUCAACAGCAACAACAGCAACACCAUAGCGGACAACAACCGCCUCAGCAGCAGCACUACGUGCCUCCACACAUGCAACAUAUGCAACAGAAUAUGCCUCCGCCACAGCAACAACAGCCACAGCCGCAUCAGACACAGAAACAAAUGCAGCAUGUACAGCAACACAACUCGGGACCCUCGUCUGUGUCCAUGCAACAUGUGCAACAGCAGCCACAACAGCCACCACACAUAUUGCAGGAACAAACGAAUGUGGCACCACCCACCCCCAAUUCUCAACAACCCACACAACAACAGCAGCAGCAGACACAACAAAAUAUUUCACCACAAUCUGUUGGUAGUCAAUCCAUUCAACAACAGACAACACCACCUGUUGUCGAUAAUAACACGCCACCACAGCAGCAGCAGCAGCAACAACAGCAGACUCCGCUAACAAAAUCCGAUACAUCUGUGGGUACACCUGCCUCCUCAUCAAAUAGUUGUUCAACACCGUCGGAUAAGACAACACCUCCGUCGGGCAAUGCAAAUGUUGCAGGGUCGUCGUCAGUGCCGCAAUCGGCUGCUUCGAACAAUACAAGCACGUCAACGGGUACAACAACGACAACAGCACCACCCGUCAAGAAGACACAUGUCUUGAAUCCAUCGGCUAAGCCGUUUACACCUCGCAGCCCCAGCACCCCCAAUCCAUCACGUCCACAUACACCACAAACACCAGUUGCCCUGACAACAAUUUACACACAAGGUGCUCCCAUACCAACUGCUGCGGGUCAACAAGCACAACUAUAUAUGAUGCCUGGUCAACAGCAAGCUGCUGCAUUCCAUGCUCCGCCUCAUCCACAGGCGCCACAGCAACCUCGUAUGAGACGAAGCAAUUAUGGACCGAUGACACCAUCACAAAUGCAUGCAUCUGCGGCUACAGGACAACCCUUGUUGGCUGCCGGACCAUUGCCAACGCAAUUCAUACCUUAUCCACAAACACCGCAUGCACCACAUUUCCAAUCACAGCCAUAUGGUCCACAAAUGGUCCGCAUGUAUGAAUCACAACAAUUACAAUUCUUAACACAAACGCCACCAUCUACAACACCCUCACCUGGUCAACCACAUCAAACGUUCCAUCCACAACCACAGCCAUCCCCCGCUGGCGGGGGUCCUCAACCAACUUUUGCACCCCCAACGCAACAGUAUCAUGUUGUGUGCCCCCUAACCAUACAUCCCACACAGAUUAUGCACAGUCCCUACUAUCAGGCAACGACGGCGCAACAUCCCCAACAGGGACAACCGUUUCAACUGAUAAUGCCGCCACAUCCGGCCCAGUAGAGGAGGAGGAUCGUUAGAAAAGUCAUGUGUGUUCGUAAAAUAAAUUUUCAUUAAAGUUCAGCUAUCCAUUCUCUCCGUCUCCCACAUUCUCUACGACAACAAAA